GUGAUAUUUUGUUUACAUUUAGUUUUUGAAAAAAAUUCGUUUUAAAAAAAGUGUUAUAUGUUUAUUUUUCGUGUUUUGUGAUUAUCUUGGAUAGUGAAAAUGAUAAUGACAACAUUUUUUUGUUCUAAAACAUGGCGAAUUGAUUUUUUUCUGCUACAACGUCAACUUUGCUACCUAUUUAAAUCGAUUUAUUAAUAAAAAACUAACAAAAAUGAAUAAUAGGUUGAAAGACAUUAAAAAAGUGUUUAAAUUAAUUACCCUAGUCAAGUUAUCCAAAAUAGAUGUUUUCUAUUUGAAUUGAAAUAUUUAUUUUUCAUAUUUUUACAUUCUUUUCAUUAUGUAUGUUUAUAUUUACUUCUACAAUUAGGCCCAGUUAUAUAGAAGAUACACCCCGUAUAAAAACGAAUUUCAUUACGAUUCGUCGUAGUAUAAUUUUAGAAUUAUACACACGAACUUUUAUUAUAUCAAAAUCUCCAUCUUGGUAACACUAAUUUAACAAUAACCUUCAUUCAAUUAAAGAAAUGGGUCGAUUUGUUAAGGGGUUGAUUAUUCAAGGUUUUCGUUUUGCGCAAAUGUGUGUCAGUAGAAUCGAAAAUUUCCAGUUUUCGCAGUCUUCAGUUACAAAGAUUUCCAGCGACGGUUACUGAAAACAAUUCGACACGUGCUUUCGAACUAACAACAUAAAAAUUGUUUUUAAUACACGACAGUGUAUGGCUGUCGAAGAAAAAGAAGAUUUCAAAGGGAGGAGGAAGCGAGGUGAUGUGGCAGAAGAAAUUAAAUCUUCCGAAAGUGCAAAACGUACAUUUCCGGUGAAUAUCACAGUAGACGAUUUAUAUCUAUACAGAAAAAAGAAGCACACUUUUGCUUGGCUGAAGGAUAAUUUAAAAGUGGAAGAAGGUUCUUUUAAACAUCUGAAAUCGGAAUAUACGAGGAGAUUUAAGAAUUUCUUCGAUAUUUUAAGAUCGUCGAUAAAAAGGAAUGAGAAGAGUCUACUUGACGUAGAAGUGCUCAAACCGGAAGAUUCUACGAAAUUAAUAGACGAAAAAACCAUUGACAGUGACAGGCGCUUGCCAAAAAAAAUUGAUGCAAUAGAAAAUGACGAUUCUAACAAUGAAAUAAUUAACAGACUCCAUCCGUUCGGUAAUGCAACGGUUGACAAAUCGGGACGUCGUCGUUUAUUAAAACGUCCAAAUAACCUAAAAAUCGAAGGAGAUCACCACCACGUAACAGAACAUGCCGAAAAUUUUAUCGAGUUUUUACUUGCUAAAAGGGCAGAGUUAUGUAGAACGCCGACUACUUUGAAAUUAGGUACGGGGACAAUGGAAACUAAGACAGAAACAACCGAUAAAUUCAGAAAGUUCGAUAACGUGGAAAGACCUACUUUAAUAAGGAAGUUCACUAAUUUACGUUUGGAAGGGGAUUUGGACGCCGUAACAGAAAAACAGGAAAAGUUUCAACGAUACGAGGUCAACAAUAAACCGAAUUUGAUUAAAAAAUCUACUAAUUUACAUUUGGAAGGAAAUCGUUUCUCAAUACCUGAAUAUAGGGAUCAGUACAUUCAAUAUAAUGAUAUAAGAAGACAGGCGCCAAUUUUACCAACUAAUAAUUUAAAAAAUGCCGGUUUGUUUGAUGAUACAACCCCCACAUCAACGAAUUUCGGUCGAACUAGUCCUUCGAUACCCUUUUUAAGGUCUAGUUAUAGUUACCACGAUUUAGACGAAGGUGCGAAACGUAGACGAAACGUUUCGUCGUUAAGUCGUACAUCAUCCCAAUCGAAUUUAGUAAAAUCCGCUGAUGAUAGAAUCAAAGUAUCAUCAAAAUCAUCGAUAUUUGAAUAUGAAAAAGGACGAAAUAAUUCCGGUUUUGCAGAUAGAACGAAAUCCGAUUCAACAGAAAGAGAUUUUUUCGGUCAUAAUAUAAAAGGGAAGAGGGAUUUUGUAAGGAGGCAGUCGGGGAAUUUAUUUGAAGAAGCAGUUGGUGAUAAUUUGGUAAAACGGUUCGAAUGUCAACCGGAGUAUAGAAAAGCCAUAAGGGAUUAUUCAAUUCGGGAAAAAAUUCCACCCGAACAAAAACGUAGGAUUUUGGAAAUACCUGAUAUUACUAUAAAUGCUGAUAGCACAGGAAAUGAAGUGACUAGUCAAAAAUCAACGAAACCCCCUACCUCAUCCACCUCGACUACUUCCAAUAUCCCCUCGACACCAAAAUCACUCAAACCCCCUACUAAAAAAAAUACAACCCAUACGUCGAGACGCAAUUCAAAAAUUAACACCGAAACUAUAAGACUUUCACCGGAUAAAAUGAAACGAGUUUAUAGAAGAUCCUCUACUCCGUCACCGAUUGCUAAAGAAAAAAUAUCCGGUGGAAAACAAACGGUGAAUCAUUGGAAAAACUCCGAAAAUAAUUGGAAUUCAACUGAGACCGACCCUGCGUUUUUUAUAGUUAACGAUGGCGUACCGAGUAGAAGAAGCGUCGGACGGAAUUUAUAUAAGGAACAAAGAUGGAUGCCUGCUUGGUAUAGCGGAGAACUUUAAAUUGAAUUAUUUUAUAGUGUUCGGUUUAUUUUUCGAAAAUAUAGAGUGUAAUUUGUUGAAAUAAAAGUGUUUUAGACUAUUAUACAUUGUGGUUGUUUUUUAUUGUAUUAAAAUUUGUGUUAUUUCAAACAUAAAUACGUGAUAACAUAACCUAACUUAUUUUGAUGUACGUAUGAAGUGUUUUAUAUGAAUAUUUUAUUGAAACUCUGUUAGAAGUAGUGCAAAUUUCAAGGGGCAUAAAAAAUAGAGCUAAUUUUUUAAUGGUAAGUACAGUACCUUAUACUAGUAAGUUUAUUUGUUGGGGAAAAAAAUACAACGCUUUUUGGUUUAAAUUUUAAUAAGUCUCACAGCAAUUUGACAUUUUUAUAAUAUUUAAAUUUUUACAAAUUUACAACAAUAUCCAUAGAAUAUGAAUUAACUUAUAAACGAUAUAAAUAUUUGUUUAUCACUCAUUAAAAAGCGUCUUUUUAUGUUUAUUCAAUUUGAAAAAAGUAUAAAAAGUUACAUUACAAAAUUUUAUGUUUAUAGAUCAAAUUUUUCCGAAAAAAAAAUUGGUAUAUAUCACAACAUUAUAAAAUGGCGAUUAUUUUUACCCAUUGAAAUAUACGUAAUUGAGAAAAGUUUAGACAAUGAAUUUUUAUGAUACAAAUGAAAGCAAAAAUUAUAAUUUAAUUUGGAUUUUUACGUGUUUGCCGGUUUUAUGGGUUCGUAAAAUUUCAGUUCUAAAAAUUGUAUAUUUGAUAUACCCUAUAACGAUAGUUUUAUAUUCUACAAAUAAAAAAACAUUUUUCAACCAAAUUUCUCCUCAAAAUUCACCAGAAUGUAAAUCAAAAUAUUUAAAAAAAUCAAUAUUAUUCUAACAGUAAUAUAUUGUAAGAAUAUCGAUAAAUCCGGCAACGUUACAAUAUUCUUUUACAAAGUUUCACAGUAUCUACUUUAGUAAAAUAGAAUUGAGCGUCGUGUUAAUGGCGAUAUUGAUAUAAAAUAAUUAUUUUAUGUUUCUAUGUCGUUUCUUUAUAUAUAUUCGCUUAUUAAAUACUAUUUUUUUUCGAAAAAUACUAAUGUGCAGUAUGUGAAAAGUUAAACGUUUUAAUCCAAUUUGAUUGUGUUCAUCAGUAAGUACUUUCACCUACUAGGUUAAGUUGUAUUGUUUUGAUUUUGAUACAGUGGCGUCUUAAGGCGAUGUACUUUAUUUUCGACGAAGAAAAUUUUUUUUUAUUGUUAGUAAACGUUAUCUGUAAAAAUGUUUUUGAUAAUAAUUGAUUAAAAAAUAUAUUUUCCCAUUUAGAUAUCUCUAUAACUAAUUAAAAUACCCUGUAUUCACAUGGAAUGAGCUAGGUGAUAAUAUUAGAUUAACUAUCAACUAUUCGAUAGAUAUUUCAAAAAAUAAAA